AUGUCUCGUCGUUCGACCGCUUUAUCUACUGGUAAGGAGUACUCCAGGGAAGAGAAGAACCGAAUGACCCAAUUGGACAUUAUUAUCAGUCAGCUGAAGACGCAGGCGGUUGGAAACCGGAAGGCGGGCAAUUUGAGCGAGUCCACCCUCACAUACGUAUGCGAUGCCAGCCGGGAACUGUUCCUGUCCCAGCCGAUGCUCCUGGAACUGAGUGCUCCGGUGAAGAUUUGCGGGGAUCUGCACGGGCAGUUCAAGGAUCUCCUGAGGAUCUUUCAGCAGUGCGGCAUGCCGCCGCUGUCCAACUUCCUGUUCCUUGGCGAUUACGUGGAUCGGGGCCAGAGCUCCAUCGAAACUCUGGCCCUGCUGUUGUCCUAUAAGCUUCGCUAUCCGGAGAACUUCUUUUUGCUGCGCGGCAAUCACGAGUCGGCGGAUCUGAAUCGGGUGUAUGGCUUCUUCGACGAGUGCAAACGACGAUAUAGCAUCAAGUUGUGGCGCUCCUUUGUAGAUUGCUACGACUGCAUGCCAGUGGCCGCCAUCGUGGCCGAUCGCAUCUUCUGCGUCCACGGCGGACUGAGUCCGGAUCUGAAGAGCCUGGACGACAUCCGCCGGCUGCAUCGCCCGACCGAUGUGCCCAACGAUGGGCUGCUGUGCGAUUUGCUCUGGUCGGAUCCGGACGAGUCCACCGGCACGUGGGCGUCCAACGAUCGGGGUGUCAGCUACACCUUUGGUGUCAACAUAGUGGAGGGCUUCCUCAUGCAGCACAAGUUCAACCUGAUUGUCCGCGCCCACCAGGUGGUCGAGGAUGGCUACGAGUUCUUCGCCGACCGCCAGUUGGUCACCAUAUUCUCCGCCCCCAACUAUUGCAACAUCUUCGAUAACUGCGGAGCUGUUCUGGUGGUGGACGCCAAGCUGGUCUGCCACUUCGUCAUCAUCCGUCCAAGGCCCUCUAUUCGAGCCACGGGCUUUGAGUCGGAUAGUGGAUCAACCGCUGCGACGGCCAAUGGACCACCGCCCUCCAUGAGGGAGAAGAGGCUUUAUUAG